UUUCAUGCCUUUGAGGCUAUUUUAGGAUGGAUGCUUAGUGCACCCAGGAAUUCCCUUUGUGGGUAUUUGGUCACCGUUGCAUACCUGUCUACCUUCUGAAUUUCACUGAUAAACCUAGUGUGCUGGGCCAAGAGUCUUGGGGUCGUCCCUUUUAAAACAAAUAUGCCUCAUGACUGCGUUGAUCUUCUCAUGCUUAGAUAGAGCUAAACUGGGAUACUUACCUUGAAAACCCUUUUAUUUUGGCAGUUUGAACUUUGAGGUCCAGAGAAAGGAAUUUUUUUUUUUUUAAUCGACUAUUUUGAAAAAGCUGUCAUACUUUUAACCCUGCACCUAGAGUUAACUAUUCCUUGUGCUCUGCAUUUAUGACAGAUCUUGCUGUUUGAGUUACAACAUAAUUUGUAUUUCCAGGCAUUUGUGGCAUUGUCCUGGCUCAGAUAUACCAUUGGAGUUUGCAGUUUUUACUUGUCAAUGUAUCCACAACAUGUAGCUGAGUUCCUAAUAACAUGUCUAGUUAUGGAUGGUACUGGGUAAAUGUAUUCUAUCUAUAGCCUCAAAUAUUGUUCAGAGGAUGUUUUAGCAGCUAGUAAUUUAGCAGCUAGGACUAUUCAUGUUUAUAGUGUUUUUCCUUCUUGAACAAGCAUUCUUCUGUCAGCUUUCAGGCCUAAAUCUAGUGCUUGAAAUAGACAACUCUGAUUGUUUUUUUCUUAAGGUACUCCUUACUAGAUUAUUAAGAUUAUCAAGAAUGUAAGUUCUAGCAAAAAACAGGACUAGUAUUUUGAUCAGUAUCAAGACAAGUUUGUUCAUUUUUGUGUCUUCAUGUCAGGUUACAGAAACUUUGAAUAUCAUUAGAUGAUCACAGGAAGAAUCAUGACCUAGAGCUGAGGUCUUUAUAUUGGGAAGUACUUAAAACAAGGUUCAAACUCAUCAUUUUCCAAAUUCUUUAAUAGUUGAGCUUAAUGCCCACAAAUGGGGGCGGGGGAGCCAAAACAAAACACCGCAGUUUGUAAGUCUUUUCAAAAUGGCACUGACUACUUUGACAAAAUCCACAUUUCAGGUAGUCCCCUCCCUCAAUUGUUGCAUUUGAGAAUAUCAACUUAGAAAUUUAAGUGGUGUAUGGAUACUUAAUGUGACAUAGAAAAAAUUAGGAAGGACCAGUGAAAUCCUUCCCCUAUGUUCUGUGGGCUUUUCAAGUCAGUUGUACUUAAAAGGAGAGAGAGAUAAAGAAUUGGAUUGUCCUAAAUUCCAUGGAAGGAGACAGGUUAAAAAAAUCUUAAGAAGGAGAAAGAGGGAAAGGAAGCUUCUUGGGUAUGACACCAUUUGCAAGGUCACAACGCACACCCCACCGAAGGGCAGACCUUUUCUUCUCAGUUGGUACUAGGUAAUUGUUUGGAACAUAAACAUGUUGAGGCUUGGCCUGGGGUUCUGUUCUGGAAAGCAUUUGUCCUCGGACACUCCAGCGAAGCUCCUUCCUAUGAUCUUCACCAGGAAACCGCAUUGAAUCCCAGUCCCUUUUGUACUCAAAAUAUCUGGCCACCCGGUCUAUCUUGCCCCGGUUUCGGCUUAACUGAUCCAGCCUGGGGAGAAUAAAGGACUUGGGUCUGCUGGCAACAAUCAAGUCUUGUUCAUAAACAGGAGGUCCCAUUUCUUCUCUUCGUAGAUAGCAAAUGAGCUGAUGAUCUUCUUGUGAAAUUCCUUGGUACUCAUGUGGAUUCUUUUUCACAGGAAGCUGCAAGAAGUUAACUUGCCCAAAAGUACACAGUUGGGUGGACCUCCAUGAUUUCUUCAGAUGGUUGUCAUGGCUGAAAACACAGACAGAAACCAGAUUGAGAAACUCCUAAGCAGAGUAAAGGAUCUGGAGCAGGAGGUGAAAAGACUUAAGAAAGAACAGGCCAACAGUAUCAAAGACUCAAACAUUAGAGAAAAUUCUUUAGGGUCUGGAAAAGCUAAGCGUGCAUUUGAUUUCAGUGCUCAUGGCCGAAGACAUGUAGCUCUAAAAAUAGCCUACCUAGGCUGGGGAUACCAGGGCUUUGCCAGUCAGGAAAACACAAGCAAUACCAUUGAAGAGAAACUGUUUGAGGCUUUAACCAAGACUCGACUAGUAGAAAACAGACAAACAUCCAACUAUCACCGGUGUGGUCGAACGGACAAAGGAGUUAGUGCCUUUGGUCAGGUGAUUUCUUUGGACCUACGUUCUCAGUUUCCAAGGGGCAGGGAUUCAGAUGAUUCUAAUUUAAAAGAUGAAGCCGAUGAUGUUGCUAAAGAGAUCCGUUAUACCCACAUUCUCAAUCGGGUGCUCCCUGCAGACAUCCGAGUAUUGGCCUGGGCUCCUGUAGAGCCUAGCUUCAGUGCUAGGUUUAGCUGUCUUGAGCGGACUUACCGUUAUUUUUUCCCUCGUGCUGAUUUAGAUAUUGUAACCAUGAAUUACGCAGCUCAGAAGUAUGUUGGCACUCAUGAUUUCAGAAACUUGUGUAAAAUGGAUGUGGCCAAUGGAGUGAUUAAUUUUCAGAGGACUAUUCUGUCUGCACAAGUACAACUAGUGGCUCAGAGCCUGGGUGAGGAGAGAAGGCAAGAACCUUUCCAGUUAUGUCAAUUUGAAGUGAUUGGCCAGGCAUUCCUGUAUCAUCAAGUUCGGUGUAUGAUGGCUAUCCUCUUUCUGAUUGGCCAAGGAAUGGAGAAGCCAGAUAUUAUUGAUGAAUUGCUAAACAUAGAGAAAAAUCCUCAGAAACCUCAAUAUAGCAUGGCUGUUGAAUUUCCUCUAGUCUUGUAUGACUGUAAAUUUGAGAAUACCAAAUGGAUUUAUGAUCAAGAGGUUCAGGAGUUCAAUGUUACCCACCUACAACAGCUAUGGGCUAAUCAUGCUGUUAAGACCCACAUGCUGUAUAGUAUGCUACAAGGACUAGACUCUGUCAUGAUAACAUGUGGGGCAGGAACAAAGAUGGAUGAAGCAACAGAAUGGAGAAACAUUAAGCCCUCUGUCAUAAAGCAAACUAGUGCUUUUGUAGAAGGAGUGAAAAUGCGUACAUAUAAGCCCCUCAUGGAUCGCCCUAAAUGCCAAGGACUGGAAUCCCGGAUCCAGCAUUUUGUACAGAGAGGACGCAUUGAUCACCCACAUUUACUCCACAAGGAAGAAACAAAGGCCAAAAGGGACUGUGCCGACACAGAAGAAGAAAAUACUGUUUUAGAGAAUCCAACAAAGAAGGUCUGUAUAAUAGAUGCAGAGAUUAACAGUACUGUAUAAUCCCAGCAAGCUAGGGUUUCUACCAGGAUCUAAGAAGCAACAAUCAGCUAAAAUUCUAAUGACUGGCUCUUAAAAAGACCUAACAAGUCUUAAACAGUAAAGGGUCUAAAUUUUCUCUAAUCCCUGUCCAAAAGAAUUUUGAAAUAAGAGAAGUAAAAAGCACUUGUGAGCUAUAUAAGCCUCUGGAAAUCUGUGCUUUGUGUUUAAAUUCAUUAAAUCCUGAUCCCACAAAUAUCAUUUGUUAUUCCAAGGUAAAUGUCAUAACCACUGAUCUGAAAGAUCUUUGCCAAAGUGUCUUACUUUCUUAUUAAAUUCCAUCAAUUAAAGAUUGGAUAGAUGGGUUUAGUGCCAGAUGGCACUAAAUCCUAGCCUUUGGGUGGAUGCAGGAUCAGGAGUUCAAGGCCAGCUGGGCUAUAAGAAACUUCUCAACAACCAAACAAGAAAAAGCUUUGAAGUCUGGUAGAAAAUACAAGUCCUUUAAGAGUUGGGAAUGAACAUAUACUUAGGAUGACUACAGAGUGACAAAAGGUUAAAUUUAGGUAAGUCAGUGUGUCACAUUCAUACAUUAGGGGCCACUAAGAAGUUUUAAAAGCCAGAGAAUUAUGCAGCAAAAGCACUACUAAUAUUCAGACAUACAAAAUUCUUGACUCAUACCUUAGCAAAUGAACUUAAAAAUGCCUACUUUAGUAACUGCCCCUGCAAUAGUGUUAUUCACACUUACUAGACAUGUUUAUAAAACCCAAUCAACCAGUAACUAGUCUGUUCUUCUGUUCAAGACUCAAAACACACAGGGAUUAAGGAACUCAAGGACAGUUAGAAACAGUAUCCACAGUAAUCUGGUGAUGUCUAAGUGCUAGAGUCCUGGGGUGGAGUAUAUAAUCACAGACUUGGGGAAUUUUAGAAGAUAAGUAGUUUGAAAGUGAGGUGAUUUGGGCAGAAGUGGUGCAACCUAAUAGUAGCUUUUACAACCUAGCAGAGGAGCAGAACAGCAUACUAAGAGAUUUAGGAUUUCUUGUCAAUGUAACCGUCUAAAAAGGAUUGCUUUGUUCUUUAAUUUAUACGUCUUAAACAUUUGUAUGUGUGCAUCACAUGGGUGUCCACAGAAGUUGGAAGAAGGCAUCUUAACCUUCUGUGGAGCUGGAAUUGGGCAGUUGUGAGCCAUCCACUGGGUGCUGGGAUCCCAACUCUGGUCCUCUGAUAGAGCAGUUUCUUACCUUAUUUUGGUUUGCCUUGUCUGGCAAUAUUUGAGUUAACAAAAAGGAAAAACCUAGAAAAGAAAAACAGAAUUUAAGAAAUAGUACCUAUUUAAAAAGUCACUUCCAAAGCCCUAAGUAAAAGGUGUUCUACUUCAGAGUCUAUAGAAGCAAGACUUCAAGGUUUAGAUCAAGAGGUUGCCUGCCUAGGAAUCUAAAAGAGAAUGGAUUCAGUGACCUUAUGUUUGGUAGGCAGUCAUCAGAGAAGCAAAUGAGAAGCCCCCAAAUUUAUUUUUGCAAAACUACUAAGGUAUUAUUUAUAUAAACUCCAAGGUAAGGACUGAUGUUGGAAAAACGUAAAGACGGGCUUAAAGUUUACUUUCUACAUUUAGAAGGGAGAAUUAUUUCAAUAUGUUUUGAAGUUUAAUUGAAUUUUAGACACUAAAGUCAUGAGGAUUUUUAAUGGCGUGUUUACUAGACAUCGUUAAAGUGUUGUUCCUUUGUGUUCAAAUUAUGUCUCUGACAUUUUACCCCUUAAAUGUGUUGAUGCUUUACAGAGUGAAAUGCAAAUUUUCAUAAGGUCUAUAGGUUAUGUUCAAUUCCUUUGGUUUCUACUAAAACACGACAAUCUCACAAGCUAGAGAGUCACACACAAGCUAAACUACCAUCUUAUAUGUUGUGAAUAAUUAUCGUUAAUAUUGACCAAAAUACCUAUUUUUUCUUAAAAAAAAAAAAAAAAAACAACCAAACAAAAAAACCCCAAACAACACCCCCCCACCCAAAAACCACAACUUAAGCAGUUACCUAGUUACAGCUGAAAGGAUUUGGAGGGUGGUAUUUUUAACUCUUAAAUUCCCGGAUGCGGAUAUAACUGAAAUUAUGGUGCAAUUUAACCUUCAAGUCAAAUGACAAACUGCUCUCUAGAAAAACUUACUACCUGGACACACUCGUUAGCGUGCUGAUUUCUAUUUAUUCACGUUCAUCAGCACUGCCUAUUGAAAAACCUAACAAACCUGAAAGGGCACUGUUAAGAGCCGUUCCUUCAGUUUUACCCGUUAUCCUUAAAUCCUAAGCAAACGAUACGGAGGGCUGGUUGUAGGCAAGAGCCCACGAAAGGUGCAACCCAAACGUGAGACGACUUCCCUGCUCUUAGAACAAUGAGGACAGCCGCAGCACCAUCUGGCCGUGGGCGUGCCGAGAGCUCCGCUCCUUCCUUCCCCAGGGGACCGGUCCCCAGCCUCCAGAUGACUCCAAGGGCUCUGUCAGCUCCAGCGCUCGGCCGGCCUCCGGGCGAAAGUGGCGCACAGUGCACAUUGUGACCUGGAGGGACUUGGCGGCCUCUGUCCCGGUGGCCGGCUAAGGACGCCCCAGGCAGCGCACCCCGGGAUUUACCUUGAACGCAAGUGCCGGGCCAGGGAGGAGAUCGCGAAUCCACCCACAGCGGUCCAGGGAAGGGGCUCGGGCCGCCGCCGCACCCUGUCCCAGGACGUGUCUCUCCACCGCCGGGCUGCGCGUACGUCACCAGCCCCUGUCGCUGCUGCUGCUGCUGCUGCUGCUGCUGCUGCUGCUGCUGCUGCGGGUUUAGUCGUCUGGUCGCCACUCACUGCGGACCACCGCUUCCCACUCACGCAGGCGUACAAACCACCCUCGCUCCACGCAGUCGUUAACGGUCGGCCGUUCAAGUUUAAAUCCCGGAGCCAGCCCACGCCCUUGGCUCCGCCCACCCGCUCUCUGAUUGGCUUAGAGGCCAGACGUCCUCCACGCCUACAGAAAGAUUGGUGCACGUUUUCUUUCGGCCCUCCCCCGCGGGCCCGGAAGCGGGGUUUGGGGCGUGGAGCUGAAGUGGGAACCCGCCGGGCAGUGGCGCGGAAGCCUUGGUCUUGGUUCCCCGGGCGUUAGUUUGGCGGAGGGACAAGGGGCUGGUCCUGCUCGGUGCCCCAGCCGCCCGUGGCCGCAGUCGGCGGCGUCGGAGGUGAGCGCAGGGGAAGGUUCUGGGGCGCAGCUGGCCCGGCUCACACGUAGGCCUCCUGUGCAACCCGCUGUACGACGUCUGGACCAAUGCCCGCCGCAUCUCUCCCGCACGGCGUGCUCUCUCCCAGAAUGCGCUGUUAUUACCCUCUUUAUCCGAGCGUACCCUUGACAAAAUAAAAAGUAUUUACCAGA